CGCAUCGGUAUCCAAUAGCGUACCUCUCAUUGCUGAUGAAGCUCACAGAGCCACACAUUUAUACGUUCUCUUGGAUUCAUCCAAAAAUACGAAGUCAGGAAGGUGGUGAAGCUGGAAGAGCAAUCCUCUGCACCCAGCCCAGAAACUUGGAAAAAACAAUCAUGGAAGUAACUUGGAAUUGAAGGCUGCCAUCCUCCGAGAAGAUGAAUCUUCCUUGCGGAGGAGCCAGCACGGUGAUUCUUCCACCACCACGAACACUGACGGAGGCGGCCUCCUUCACACGUGCGCACCACUACCCAGACUCGCACGUGCCACCGCUCGUCGUCAUUCGUCCUUCUCUUCCCCAGUCCCACCACGCGCCCGUGGCAAUGUCCCCGCCGCCAAAGCAUUUUCCCUUUAAAUUUCCAGCUCCUUCUCCACUCUUCCUCCGCCGCACUCCACCGACCUCCGGCGAGAAGAAGAAGAAGGACUUCGGUCUCACUCCCGCCGCUGCUACAGUCAUGGAUGGUGAAGAUUGUCUCAUCGACGUACACAAGCUCCGCUCCGAUUUCCUCCGCGUUCUCCGCUCCAGGCGAACCGCCGCAGUUCCGUUGGCGGUGGAGCAGGCGAAGCCGGUCAAGCAUCCUUUGUUUCAGGAUGAGAAACCACCGACGUUCAGUGAGGCAAUGGAGUCUUGUCCGAAGGCAGAUAUACCUAAUCUGAAGGAGAAGUUGAAGGAGGAGAAUCUUCACUUGAUCACUGAGGCAGGGGAGCAAGGGCGUUUGCCUGUUCUGAUUCUGAGUCUGAAAGGGGGGAAAGAAAGGAAGCCUGCCGUUGUGUUUCUGCAUAGCACGCAUAAGAACAAGGAAUGGUUGCGGCCGUUGCUUGAGGCGUAUGCUUCACGGGGAUAUGUGGCGAUCGCCAUUGAUUCUCGCUACCACGGUGAACGAGCUCACAACAAGACCACCUACAGAGAUGCUCUUGUGGAAUCAUGGAAGAAAGGUGACACAAUGCCCUUCAUAUUCGAUACGGUCUGGGACUUGAUCAAGCUUGCGGAUUAUCUCACACAAAGGGAGGAUAUAGACUGUACCAGGAUUGGAAUCACUGGCGAAUCAUUGGGAGGAAUGCAUGCAUGGUUUGGUGCUUUUGCGGACAACCGAUAUUCAGUGGUUGUGCCCAUAAUCGGUGUCCAGGGAUUUCGCUGGGCCAUAGACAACGACAAAUGGCAAGCCCGUGUUGUUAGCAUAAGAGCAGUAUUUGAAGAAGCGAGGAUGGAUUUGAGCAAAAAGGCUAUUGAUAAUGAAGUGGUGGAGAAGGUCUGGAACAGGAUUGCCCCUGGCCUGGCGUCUCGCUUUGAUGCACCAUAUACUGUACCAGCUAUGUCGCCUCGUCCUCUGCUUAUUCUCAAUGGAGCAGAAGACCCACGUUGCCCGAUUUCUGGUAUACAGAGUCCAAUGCUGAGAGCGCUAGCGGUUUAUGAGGAAGCUAAUGCCGCAGACAAGUUUAAGGUAAUUGCUGAAGCUGGAAUUGGGCACCAGAUGACAAAAUCCAUGGUGAAAGAAGCAAGCGACUGGUUCGAUAAAUACCUCAAACAAUGAAUGCUCUAGUCAGGAUGCAUCAUGCUGGUAAUACCUUGUACUGAACACCAGAAGCUGUCUUCAAUUUGAUGAUCGUCGAGAAAGAUGUGUUAAAUAAAAUGUAACUUUUGGCAACAGUACGUGUAAAAUAUACUAGGUUCUUUCCUUUCUGUCUCAAACAUAAGCUAAUUACACGAAAUCAGCAUUUCAGCAUACAAUACAAAAUUAAAGUCCAGAAAACCAAAUGAUAAACCAUAUCAAGAAUU